AACGACUGUACAGUGUACAUAUAAGGUCCUAUAUAUCUUGCAUAUAUAUCGACAAUUAUGAAUGAGUGAAAUGGUUUAUUUUGAUUUGUAGGACAUUCAUAUUUAUUGAGAUUACUCCCAUGUGACUACUUAUGAAAGGAAAGAUGCUCCUUAGAAGAGACAGUAAAACAACAUAAUUCUUGAGCUUUCAGUAUUAAAUUAAACUUCCAUGCUUUAAAUAAAAAUGGGUACCAGAACGUUGAACGAUAUUCAUAAUGACAUGAAGCAAUUAAUAACAGCAAUAACUUCGUUCGAGGAAAAUGAAGAAGGGUUUAGAAUCUGCGAAAGGUUCUGCAUGACGAACAUCAAACAUCACAGAUACCUGUCUGUUAACAGUAACACUACAAAAGAAGCUAUCAAAGGUUUAAUUAAGAAAUUCUCGAUUCACGGGAAGUACGAUGUGGCAACAAAGUUUGAGGAGCUCGUCGACACGUUCUUAUCGAGUUUCGCCUUUGAACAACAUCCACAAUAUGAUUUGCAAUGGUAUCUGUUGACGCUGCUAUUAGAAUUAUCUAAGGAAACUUGUAACUCUGAUUUGGAGUGUUUAAAACUAACACGCGGGGAAUAUACUGUGAACGUAACUGGCGAGAGUGACCACGAAGUUACAGAAGAAAUCGAUUGGGCUGAAUACUUAAAAGAAGGACAGGACAAUUUCUUUGAUGAUUAUCGAAGCGACACAGAGAGCGAAUGGUCGGAUGACACAGAGGACCAUCCGGAUGCCUGUACGAACGUUAUAGAAUCUGUAAACCUCACAGAGUCGGAUAGAGCUGUGUGCGUAUCGUCGUUGGAUAAGGAGUUAAAUAAAUUAUCAUUGGCUCUGGACGAAGAACUUAAGUCUCAAAAUUGGCUAUUAUCAAAUGUCCAGAAUACUUGGUGGAACGAAUUAGACUGGCGAAAACAUUCGGUGAAGAGUCGAUUUUGCGAUGCUAAUCUUUGUGAAAUAUGGCACAAAACAAAUGGAGGAGAUUUCUACACGCUUGGAACUGUUAGUGAAUACCUAGUGUGUCGAGAAUUAUUAUGGAUGUUGUAUGCUCCGAUACAGAUGGUAAUAUUUCAACAGAACAAAACGGAAUUUUCUAUUCGUCUCGAUGUAUCUAUACCUAGUUUAACUACUACUGCGUUUGAUAGUAUUCUUCAACCAUUUUGUGAAUAUUUUUCGAUGAUACAUGAUAUAGAACAGUUUGGAAUCGAAUUAUAUACAGAACAGGGAAUAUUGUGCAAGAAGCCACCGUUAACGUAUGAAACGUAUAAUGCAACGUUGAGACAGCAUUUAAUGACAUUUAAGAAUGGAAUUACUGAGAUUGAAAAAAAAUUAAUGAGGCAAGACAGCAGUUUCACGCUUCUGUCUUUAUCGUCGAUCCUGAAGAAGAAUUUGUACAGUGUAAGAAUUUUAUAUGAGGUUCAUAAGAAGACCGUGUCCGAUUGGCGAACACAUCCAAAUUGGAAGUGCACGUCUAAACUACUGUCAGCUCUUUAUUUCGAGAUACAGAACUCGCACAAUCGGGAGAGAACAAAUAUUUGCAUCAGUCUGUAUUUGUCUAGUCUUACUGUUUAUCUAAAUAUAAUCGAUACGUGGCUGAGCGAGGGACGGUUUGAAGAUUGGAGAGAAGAGUUUAUAAUUGUGAGACUAGUAAAUAGUACGCCUUUGGAGAGUGGUACGCACUACGAAACAUUUUCUUUGAGACCUUUGGAUGCUGUAUGCUCAGAAGAUCCGAUCAUGCAAUUUCUAAUAAGAAAGAUACAACAUAUAGGACAGAGUAUUGAAUUUUUGGUAUCCUUGGACCGUGUCACAGACAUAUGGAGUAUCAAUAUAGGAGAUAGUGAAUCAAAAAGAUCUUUGGUCGAUGACUUCUAUGCCAAUUUAGAGACAGAAAUCUCUAAACACAGUGCACACGAACAAGAAGAAAUAUCAUUUCAGCACGAAGAAGUUACGGAAAAUUUAUAUGACGAAGAUAUGGAGAAAAAUAUCAUCCAACGAUUAACUGCAUUCAGUAAUCCAUUCUUUUUGAAAGCUUUCGAAGAUUAUCUUCCUCCUGAGCUAUUAAAAGGAAGCAAUACUGAUAACGCCGAUGUUUCUAAGAUUCAAAAUACUAAACUAGGAGCUAAUGAUAUAUUUAAAAGGCUCGAAAGAAUAUCGGAUUAUGUGUUACCGUUCAGGAAAAUACUUGAGAAUAUUUUGUCAGAGAUUUUAGUCACGCGAUACAACGGUGCUAGUAAAUUAGUCAAGAACAUCAUGUCAGAGGAAUAUAAGAUGGAAUCACAUUUAUCGUUAAUGAGGUCCGUUUACAUGAUGGAAGCUGGUCAUAUCAUGAACAAAUUUUACCAAAGAUUAUUUUAUGAAAUUGAAACUAAUCAAAUGUGGAAUAAUUCAUAUUUUUUAUCGUGUAUACUCGAAGAAGUCCUUUCGCAGUGGUGGCCAGAUUCAAGCUCACGCUGGUCUAUUACAGUCUCUAUUACUCACACAGAUAAAGUAUUAAUUGCUGUAGAUAAUAUAACGUUGCAUUACGCGAUAGGCUGGCCUAUAAAUAUUAUAUUGAACGAGGAAACCUUCGGAAAAUAUAACGAAAUAUUUAGGUUCCAAUUGAAAUUAAAGUGGGCUUUGUGGACUUUGAAUAACUUGCGGUUUAGCGACUUAGAAGGCUCGAGGCUAGCGAAUAAAAGAAAUAAACUGGAACAGUUUCACAUAAGGCGUAUCGAGAGUUUACGAUUUUGUCUGUUACACGCUAUUACCUCGAUACAUACUUAUUUAUCGGGUCAAGUGUUACAAAAUUUAAGUCUUAUAUUACAGAAGUCUUUAAUGCAAGCAGACAGUUUAGAUGCCAUCGUAUCAGUCCACAAUGAGUAUUUAAAAAAGGUUCAUGAACACUGCCUGUUAACACCAGAAUAUGAAGAUCUAAUGGCAACUAUAAACAAUUUAAUCGAAAUGUGUAAUCACGUACGAGCUCGAUGGAAUUACAAAAAACUAAUGUUCGUCAGCGACGAAUUAAGUGUGCUAGAGAACAGUUACAACAAGUAUCAUACGUAUCUCGCACUGGCCCUACACAAUGCAGUACAGAAUAAGGAUGCAAACUACUUGACUUGUUUGAGCUCCGCGUUUAACUGCGAUAUGUUUAACAAAUAGACGUUUUCACAGCUUCUGCUAUCCAAGAAAUAAUAUUAUAACAAGUGAUAAACAAAUUUUUUCAUUCUCGUAUCAACCAAGUUUUAUAUAAAAAAAAGGGAUAUUGCUUGAUUAACAAAACCAAUGAGAUCAUUCCCAUGGCUAAAGCUUUGUAACUAAUUCUUGCCUAACAACAUGUGUAUCCUUACCGAAUACGUUCUCAGAUCUAAAUAUAACAAGUUCUCCAACUGUCUAUGAACAUAGCUAUAAAAUAAAGCCUAUUUUUUUUCUUAA